AAACAUCCGCCUGUUGUUAUGCUUUAAGGUUCCAAGGUGAUUUGGCUGGUGUAUAAUAGUGUGGAGCCAUAGACUGUUACUCAAGUCUGAGCUCUUGAGCUGUAGCACUCCCACGAUGAAGUAAAUCUAUGAACACACAACCACUUCUAACUCUCGUAACUUAACAAAGACCCCAUAUCAAUACAAUUGACAGGCUCCAAAGGCUUCAGGCCGUUCGAAUUGAUUGUAGGUAUAUGGGGGAUAGCACCAAAAAGUGCUCGUAACCUCAAAAGGGUUAUCCGGCCUCUCCCUCUGUGAAACCAUCCAGACAUCCAUUUUCCGGCGUAAAGCCGGUAGGCUGUUGUUGUGUGUGUGUGCUCCGACUGGCUACGGGAAAAGUGUCCCCACGACCACGACCACACACACGGGGAGAAGACCAAGUGACAAACCUCGAAGUUCUUCAUCAACAUCAACAACUCUCGGGCUCAGCUUCACAUAGAGCAAUGUAUAACAAUCAAACGCAGCGAAAUACUACACAGGUACAGCGAGAGUUCUUGCAAAGGCUUCAACAACAGAACAGAGCCAGCGGUCUACUCAAUAACAGUCAUAAUACCGUCAUGAACAACAACUCUAACAACCCAACGCCCAAGAAGACGACACCUUCGACGUAUGGAUCCAGACCUGGCCUUAUGGCUAAUUCCUCGGUGUUCACGCUUCUACCCUAUAAGACCAGAAAGGAUGCCGUUAGACGUUCAGUCCUGCAAAAGUAUAGUGUCUUGGGCUAUAUAGCGUCUGGUACGUAUGGCCGUGUCUAUAAGGCCGAAUGUCGUCAGGAUAAGAAGUCGCUGUACGCCAUCAAGAAGUUCAAAGCUGAUAAGGAAGGUGAGAUUGUAUCGUAUACCGGGAUUUCACAGUCUGCCUCGCGUGAAAUGGCUCUAUGUCGAGAAUUGAACCAUACAAAUAUCACCAAACUGGCCGAGAUCAUCCUUGAAAACAAGUGCAUCUAUAUGGUUUUUGAAUAUGCAGAUCAUGACCUUUUACAAAUUAUCCACUACCAUACACAUCCAGAUACCAAAUCAAUACCGGAUCAAGUCGUUAAGAGUAUCAUGUGGCAAGUGUUGAACGGGGUAAGCUAUCUCCAUCAGAACUGGAUCCUUCACAGAGAUUUGAAACCUGCAAAUAUUAUGGUGACGAGCCAAGGUGUGGUUAAAAUUGGUGAUCUGGGUCUUGCGAGAAAGUUCAAUAAUCCUUUACAAACUCUCUACAACGGUGAUAAAGUUGUUGUGACGAUUUGGUAUAGAGCUCCCGAGCUGCUUCUAGGAGGCAGACACUAUACAUCUGCAAUUGACCUUUGGGCAGUUGGUUGUAUAUUUGCAGAGUUACUAGCACUGAGACCGAUGUUUAAAGGUGAAGAGGCUAAAAUGGACAACAAAAAGAACGUUCCAUUCCAAAGAAAUCAAAUGCAAAAGAUAGUUGAGAUAUUGGGUACUCCAACAGUGAAUCAAUGGCAAUCUUUGCCAAAAUAUCCAGAAUAUACGGCAUUACAAGAGUUCAAACAAUUCCCUUCAAAUCUACAAGCAUGGUACCAGUCAAUAGGUGCAACGAAUAAAAGAGGUUUAGAGCUGUUGGCAAGUUUAUUGGUUUAUGAUCCUGCUCAGAGAAUGACAGCAUUUGAUGCAUUGAUACAUCCAUACUUCCUAGACCCUCCACGUGUGUUGGAAAACAUUUUUGAAGGACAAAAUUUCAAAUACCCUUCAAGACGUAUUCACGCAGAUGAUUCAGAUAUAACAAGUUCGCAGACAAAUACUGCAAAGAGGGCUGCAUUCAGUGAUGAUACUUUCCACCAGAGAAAGAAGAUCAAAUGAAUUGCAUUGGUGUUUUCUUUAACGUUAAAAGUCAUGACAUUUUUUUUUAUAAUGAGCUCAAAAGUUUUCUAUCGUUGGUGUUGUUAUACCAUCAACUGCAAUAUCGGACAUUAGGGGCGUAGUACCGUUGACAGCAGUGGUAUUAUUGGCAAGAUUGUCAUCACCAGUAGCUGUUAGAGGACCCGACUGUACAACUGGAACAUCUUCCUCAGGAAGGAAGAACGUUGUUGGCAAAAUCUUCUUCUUUGAAGAGGUAAUCUUACCAUUAGGCGGCAACUUUGGUUUGGAAUGCUUCUUUGGGUAAUCCAGAUCGUCCAUAAUCACAACAUCCGUAGCAUUGGCCA